UAAUUUUAAAACAUUUGUUACCCUGAGGAAUUAUAUAUAAUUUUUAAAAUUAAGAACAGAAACGAAAUAUGUCUAGCUCUCCGUAAUUUUAGUUGGAUUCUAUGGAUGACGAAGAGAGAUCAUUAAACUUGUGUUGUUGUGAAUAUAUUGAUGCAAAUGAUGAAAGAAAUCACAUAUUAGGGUGCUGCUGCAACUGCUCUGAGCUAGACAUGUGUAUUGAUAAGUUAUUUAAGUGUCAAGGUAUGGCCCCUAGAACAUUUGCUCGUCUCUUUUCUGUGCUGCAAGACAGAUUCCGCAUCCCAUGGCGGGGAGGUGCCCGACAGCUCAAUAUUGACUCGAUCAUCCCUAUCAUUCUGCUCCCGGCUCUAGGCUACAUAGCUGCUCAAGGAGUGUGGAUAUCCGUCGUAGUAUUUACAUCGCUUCCGAUAUUUCUCAUCUACACACAUUACAUAUUCAUGAGAAUUUCUUCUCAGACAAAGUUCUUCUACGUUUGGACUCUAGUGUCAGUGAUACUGAUUGUGAGUGUGUUUGAGGUGCCCGUGGUGGUCACUUUAGACAUUCAGCCGGAAGAACACAAGAUGUUUUUAUUAUUUACAAUCUUGAUGGUCUUUUGUGGUGUAAAAACUCGACUAACUGCUGAACAGUCGCAUGUCAAAGGUGAUGUUAAGAUAGAUGAGAGUUUACUAGAGUGCGCAGUGUGUCACAAAAGCGUUCUGCCGAGAACGUUUCACUGCUGCAUUUGUCGGACGUGUAUCAUCAAGAGAGAUCAGCACUGUGCCUGGUUAGACUGCUGCAUCGGGGAGAGCAAUUAUCGCUGGUUCAUGGCUACAUUGGUGACUGCAGUGUGUCAGCUAGCUCUGUGUUCUAAUCUCAUCCUCACCACGGCCUGUCAUCCGUUCACAGUGUUUGCAACGAUCAUGCUUCCAGACGACUGCAGCGACGUUUACUUUGACAUUCUAUAUGCCACCAUUUUUGUGACAGCCCUGUAUGCCAUCCUUGCCUUGUUGUUCCUGAUUGUUCUUCUUCUUCACGAGUGUUGGCUCAUUUCCCUCGGGAUGACGGGUCACGAGUGGCGCAAUGUCUCUGACAGAGUUUGCUGUGGUGUCCGUUCCAACAGGCCAUACAGUAAAGGUUUCUUACGCAACUGGACUGAUUUCUUUUUAGGUUCUCGCUCAAAACAAAUGUCAACAAUGAUCAUAUGAAGAAGGAAUAUCGUGAGGAAAUCCCUCAACGUAAGACUCUUAAGAAAUGUUCACAUAUGACUUCUAAAGUCAUCGCUACACAUCAUUCUAGUCGACUGUUUGUCAGUAUGAAUUGUUGGGUAACUUGUUAUGUUACAUUUUAUAGCGUUAUGUAUUCGUUUAAGUUUUUGCUUUUGCAUAUAUUUGCAAUGAUUACAUUUAGAGGUGGAAGAUAAAUACUACAGAGAAUUAAGGUACUGAGGUCACCGUGUUGUGCAUGUGCAUACGUACACGCUAGGGCUAUAUACUUGUGUCAAGCAAUGAAGAGCCUGAGUGGCAAUCACUCUGCGGAAGUUCCUAUUGCACAGGACACAGGGUCUUCCUUCAGCAGGAGCGUUUUAUUACGUGAUGAGGAGGGGGGUCAGGAGAAGCUACGGUGUGCGGUGUUGGACUUUACCCUAGUCACCAGUGACUAGUGCUAGACACCACAAGUGCACCAUUGAAUGCACCUCUGUACCUUACUUCUCUGUCUGAACACUUUAAAGAUAAUUAAUGAUUGUACCAUCAAACUAUUUUGACCAAAGAUACUGCUAUGGCUAAAAAUGUAUCCUUAUCCUAGUUUAUAUGUAAUCGUUUAGGUUUAUGCCUCUUAAGUGACUUUGUCAGAAUUUGCUCUGAUGUGGAGUUUCUUGGUUAUAGACUGUUGAGAUUUAUAAUAGAUAUAAUUUUCAGGAGCGAUAGUCACAAGGUGGCUGGGAAAACUAGAUUUGAGUUGGGUAUUUGUAUUAAAGACUGGGAAUGGAUAGGGUAUUGAACAUUAAAUUAGCAAUUACAUAUUAUUAUUGUGGUUAAUAACUAUAACUAAUAACUGUUUACCAGUUUACUAUGCCAUAAUGUGCACAUAUAGCAAUCGAUAGUCUAUAAACUGAUUGAUUUGAACCCCUUACAGUCAAAAAGUACUUAAUAAGACACAUAAUUUGACUUGUUUAGCUCAUAGGUUCAUUAUUGUACAGUAUUAUUUUUUGUAAUACACUACAAUACAUGGUCCCACAAGAGUCAGACAGUCAAGAGUAAAAUAUAGUUGGACCGCUUAGAAAACGACCUGCGCGCUAAUGCUAAACCAAUGCUACAGGAGGUCGCUUUCUAAGCGGCCGAACUAUAAUAAAGCAUGCUAUCUUGUACCUUGAACUGGGUUUUUGGUAGUUGAUGAAAACAAAUUACCAACAUUUAAAACAGCAUAUUUCUGAUGAUUUGAAAAUUUAAAACCUUAAAAGUCACGUUAUAGAAAUCAUGGUAGCCUACUCUAUGAAUAAAGGGGUGCAUAAUUCAAAUGCAUUAACCUAAAGUUAUAAUUUCUCUUUUUGAUGCUGACUUCUAUAACAGUUUGAUUUGUUAAAUACAUUCAGCAUUUAUAUUUUAAUUUAUAAUAAAACUAUCAGUUUAUCUUUUAUUUUGUUAAUUAAUUUUGUAUAUAUUUAUAAAUUAAUAUACUGCUUGACUUCAGUUUUGAAGCAAAUAAAUACUCUUACAGCAAUAAGUACCAAAAAAUGUAUAACACGAAUACCGUACUGUAAUGUAACUUUAUUUUUUUACUGUACAUUUUUAAGACCUAGGUUAUUUACUUUAGAAUUAAGUUAUUUAGCUUAACCAUAAUUUAAGAAAAUUUGUAUUAGUAUUUAACGUCCAAUAACACAAGACUGAUUGUUGGUGGCUUAGAUAUUUUUUACAGUGUAUUUAAAUAUUGUGGCAGUAUAGAAUUUUUUCAAAAAUAGCUGGUUAAAUAUAUCAUAAUUUAAUUUUAAAACGCCAUUUCCACAUAUCAUUACUUGAUAUGUUUGGUUAAAUUUAGAUGAAUCAUGGCUUUAAAGUCAAAAUAUUCGGCCCAGAUGUUAAUGGUUGAUUUAUUUAUGUGUGAGAAAUUAAAAUAUUCUUUUCCUGCAAAACUCUCUCUGAGUAAGAAAACCCAAAACCCUUAUCAUUGUGUUUUCAUUCAUUAUGAUUUAAUAAUCACGUAAAAAUUCAUUUGUAAAAUUUAGUAGAUUAUGGAUCUAUGAAAUGUAUUGAUGUUAAUUAAAAUCAUGUAAAUUUUGACUUGUACAGUUACAAGAUAUGAAUUUUCUUAUUGUUAAUGUUAGCUAUUUUUUUUAAGUCUGUUAAACGUUUAGACUAUGUACAAGCACAAGAAUGGAAAAGCGAAUAGGAAUCUAAGUUUUAAAAUUAAGUGGCAACCAAAAAUAUCAGCCUGAUUAAAUAAGAAGUAAUGUCACCUUUAAGUCCUUUUCACAAUGGUUUAUAGCUUUAGAAAUGAGUUAUUUUAUGCAUAGUGAAAGAACAUUUUGUAGACACGUAUCAAUCCUCUUGUUAUUGUUAUUGCAUUGCUUACUAGGUAUCAAUGUCACUACUAGGAUAACAUUUUAAGAACAGCUUGGUUCCUUCUGCUUUUCCGCACAAGUCUUAACUAGGUGUUAAAAAAGUAGGUAAAUCUAUUAUGUAAUUGUGCACAAAUUAGGACAUUGUAUAAGCACAAAAUGGUUAAGCUACAGCAAAACUUGUGCUUUAUUCCUGAAUGAGGAGCUGUGAUUUUAAAAUAUCUUUAGUAAAUAGGCCUAAAGAACUGCAGUAGGGUUUUUAUAAAUGUUUAAAACUCGCUAUUAAUAUAUUUAUUUUGUUAUUUGUGUAGGAAGUGCCUAUAAAAUAUAUUACUUUAAGAAUUUGAUAA